AUGCGGCGCAGGCGGCCGGGCUGGGCCCAAAAGCAGGUCACUAUAUCCCACACGCUCACGCCGGCGGAAAUCCAGGCGGACUUGGCCGAGGUCGCGGGCUGCGUGGAGGGUAGCGACAUGCGGCGCGCCAGGGCGCAAUCAGAGGAAGACAUCGAUGGCGACGACGGGUACUAUGAGGUGGAGAAAUUGCUGGAGAUGAGGGUGAAGAGGCGCAUGCGACAAUUCAAGGUGCGGUGGAAGGGCUGUGGUCCAGAGGAAGACCAGUGGGUCAACGAGGUGGACUUGGGGGAGGAGCCCACUUGCUACGAUAUGGACAGCAGCCUGAAAAAUCUCUUGGAGCAAGGACAUGUUACAGCUGCUCCCAUGGCCCAAUCGUCGGUCCAAAAAGUGUCUCCCGCUGGUGCCAGACCUUUGCCCAAGGUGGAUGUCUCCGACCUGGAAGCCAAGCCUCGGGCUCAAGAUGACUGGGGUCAAGUUCGGACUGUGACAUCAACUGGUGGUCCCAUUUCUGAGACACACGCAAAGACUGGGAGCACAGACUUCUUGUCAGCACGUUCGACGCCCACUGAGGAGGUGGCUGCUGGUGACGUUACUGCAGCUGUGCAGGCUGUUGACGCUGUGGUUGCUGCCACCAACGAUCAUUCUGAUGGUGUUGCUGUCGAUGCUCUGGCUUCCCCCUCUGAACAGGAGGAUGAGGAGUUUGAAGAUUGCGAAUCGGGUCCUGGGGAGGAGGGCAUUGUGGAGAUGCUUCUUGCUCGCAAAGAGCUGCACAAUGGCAUCGUGAAGUACUUGGUGAGGUGGGCAGGGGAGGGGUCUGACCAGGACAUGUGGAUUCCUGAGUGCAACUUGACCCAGCCCAUAGACAGCUACAAGAUGACGGCAGAGGUGGCCAAGGAAGUUGGUGUGCCACACCUUGGGGCCCGCCAGGAGCGAUCGCUGCUCAGGGAUGUGGAGGCAAAGUGGAACGAGGUAGAACAGAUAGUGUCCGGGGAAGAGGCGUCCCAAGAUGAGGAGCUGGAUGAAGAUGACGAUGCUGAGAAUAUCAGAUCCACAUCGCAGGGUGUUGAUGUUGUGGAUGCUGACAUUGAGGGGACAGGGGGAGAGUUUAGUGGAGGGUACUAUCCAGUGGCACAAAUUGUCGAUGUACGGUUGUCACAGACCAACAUUAGUAGGAAGACGUCUUACAAGGUCCGAUGGAAGGGCUAUGGGCCGGAAGCGGACACCUGGGUGAUGGAGGAUGACCUGGGUGCCAGUCUCGACCAUUACCAUGUGGACCCUAAGGUCUACAGUAAGCUGGACAGAAUGGCGGCAAGGUCUACUCAAAGCACACCUCAGAAGAAGAGGAAACGACAGGUGGUAGCCAGACAGCGAAGAAGAGCUUCUGUGGCCAGGAAAGCACCCAAAAGGAAGGGGGUUGAGGGGCUGAAGAACUCAUCAGGUGAUGAGAAUGAAAAGGGGGAGUUCUGGGCCGUGGAACGCCUCCUCAGCAUGCGCCAUGACGGUGAAGGCGGCAGGGAGUUCAAGGUGCGCUGGAAAAACUACAGCUGGCGCUUUGAUACCUGGGUGAAAGAAGAGGACCUCAGGGAGGCUGUCCACAAAUUUGAGAUGUCGCCUGCCCUGAGGUGCCACUUGGGCAACCAUUAA